AUGACUACAAAAAAGAAAAUAGCUAAUAAAGCUAGCAGUACCAUACAAGACGCCGAAAGGCCAGACGUUGAUGCUACUGCCGCCACCGGGUCGGGGUGCUGCGAGCUGCUGGGGGCCGGUUUUAAGGUCCCCUACACGGCCAGCUUCUUUCACCUUUACCAGAAGCAAGGUUGCCUCGAUGACCUUGUGGUGACUGUAACGGCCUCGAGCUCUCGUACGGAUUCCCGACGUCACGGCUGGAUACAAACUCGAACGUGCUGCUGCUUCUCCCAGGACGGAUCAGGAACGGCUCUCCUUCCAGGAACGGCCUCAGGUUCAUCAAGGAUCGUCGCCCAGGAUCAGGAUCGUCGCACAACACAUGGGUAAGUAAAUCAGUUCACUUUGUUUUAAUUAACAAUAAAAUAUAAAAAUUUAUUCAAUCGUUUAUAUAUUCUCUUCAUAUCACAGACACUUCCCGUCCGCGUCGCUUACUUCACAAACGAGUUAACGGAUAAGUCUAAUAAAUAGUCUUCGCAAUUUGUUACUCCUACUCGCAUUCGGGUAACAAUGACGUAUUACGCGAAACGAUCUUUAAUUACUCGAAUCGCGGAACUUCCGCCGGUGGUCACCUACUCGCAUUCGGCGACCAACGCCCUAACGCGCGAAAGCUCGUCUUCUAACUUGCGAGGUGUUAUCGCUGUAAAAGUUCGGGCGCGAAAGCUCUCAAGAGCUCUCGGUGCUCGCUUAAGUACUCGGGAGAGUGACGCUACCCCCUCCCGUCGGGAUCCGCCAAUCGCGUGUGGCGUCGGUUUUCCUGGGCGCAAGGCUCGGUUGAAGCCCCCACUUCUCGCGGCUUGCUCGGCUGCGCGGUCUCGUUGCGCUGUGGGCAUCGCGUCUGUUACCCCCUCCAUCUUGGCGUAUCCCCACCAUCAAGUGGAGACUGCACUUGCAAGUGCAGCUAUAUGCCGAUGAUCGCACUUAAGGUGCAAUUCACAUCGAUUAACGGAUUUUAUGUUAUUCGUGGCUCACUAAAGCCACGACACUAGGAAAUGCAUCGAAUAAGCGUAUGAAACUAAAAAAGUUGCGUUAAGCCUUAAAAUAACUAGACUUGUAAGAAAAUAAGCAUAGCACAAAAGUUGAGCUUCAAGCAUGUCAAAAUGACAAUUUCGUAAGAUAAAAUAAUAUCAAAUAGUACCAAUCCCUUACUGGGUAUCGGUUGUACGUAAAUAGCGCACCAGAGUGCGGUUUGAUGCAUUUACUAAUGUUAUCAUGAAUUUUUGAAUAUUGCAUUUAAAGUGCAGUUUAUACUAUAAAGAUUGCACUUAAAGUGCAGUUUGCUUAAAAUGAUUGUAUGAACUAACUGAACUGUAAAACGUAUAAAACGACUUAAAUUGAACGUAAUGUAACUAAAUACAAAUAAUAGAAGGAAUUUGGCGUUGAGCCUCAGUGUAUAUAAACUAAUUAAUUUAAAGUUAAAGCACAUGCGUUGUGCUUCUAGCAUCAUGCACGCUAGUACAAAGAAUGAAAUAAAACAGUUUUAGAAAUAGGCUGGGUAGCAAAUGACUAUUAUAAUGACUACAAAAAA